AUGGAAGCAGCUAAGGAGGCUGAGGACAUGGGCGGUGGGGGCGGAUCCGUGGCGUCGCUGGCGGUGGCCGCGGGGUCGACAGCAGCGCUCACGGAGCACAGUCAGCCCAGAGAAGGCUUCUCCGCAGAAAUCAGGAGACUUUCAGAAGAAGAGAAAGGCAGGAGGCUGAUCCAGGCGGCACAGGAGGGGACAGUGGAGCAGUUGCAGGCGCUGCUGUCCGUGGGCGCGAAUGUGGGGGUGACGGAUGAGGAACGGUGGACUGCCUUGCACUGGGCAGCAGCCAGGGGACACGUGGAGGCGGCGCGGUGCUUAUUGCAGGGUGGAUCAGAGGUGGACGCCAGAGACUGGCAGCUGAGAACACCUUUGCACCAGGCUGGUGGUAAAGGUCAUGCAGAUAUGGUGCGCUUGCUGGCAAUGUUCUCAGCCGAACUCAAUGCCAGGGAUGAGCAGGAGAGUACUCCACUGCAUGAAGCAGCAAUGUUUGGCCACGCAGAGGCAGUAGCCGCCCUGCUUGAGGCAGGGGCCGACAAGAAGGCCGUGGAUGAAUGGGGGAACACCGCCCUGGGCCUUUCGAGGCAGCAUAACAAUCAGCAGCUGACAGAGAUGCUAUCAUGA